CAGGGGUCGCCGCCGCGUCGACACGACACGAACCUGUCGUACACGAGCCUUCGACCUCCUCCUGCGAGGCUGGAUCCCGCUCUCACCCUCUGGACAUCGGCCGCUUCCGCCGGCGAGGCCGCCGCGGCAUCCCCACGACGGCCCAGCGAGGCCACGGGCGAGCAGGCGGGCGGGGGGCGGGGGGGAGGUGGAGCAGCGCCACAAGAGGACGGAGAAGCAGGGGAUGGGGGAGACCCUGGCGGGCGCCUGGAACUGCGGCGCUGCAGCCCGCGGGGCAGGCCGAGCAGCGACGGAAGGAGGCCUGGGCGUGGAGCCGUUCGGGGCGGCGGUGAUGGAGCGAGAGGGCGGCUCGGGCCCCCGCGCGCCCUCAGGAGCGAGUGGCACGAGGCCGUCCAGAUCAGAUGGCGCUGGCCCGGCUCACGCGCGCGGGCCGCCCGGGCCGCGCUAGCCGUGCGCCCGGCAGGGCGACCGCGAGUCCCCGCGCGGCGGCGGUGUGGCCGGAGCCGCCCUCCGCGAAGAGCCAGCCGACCCGAUGCGGUGGCCCGCCCGGCGGGCCGGGGCCGCCGGGGGCGGCAUCUCGCACACGGGGGCGCCGUCCCAGGCGCGCGUCUGACCCAGCCGGCGCUUGUAGCCUCGGACCUCCUCUGCGCCCAGGGCGUCCCUGCUCCAGUUGCCGGACGACCUGCGCUUUCGGCGCCGCGGUGGCUCCUGGCCCAGCCUCUGGUAGAGGUCGGCUGGGAAUACCCGCUCCAUGUCUACUUCUGGGACCCUCGGGCCAAAGAUGGUGUCUGGAUCGAUGGCCGUCUGCUUGGAUAUCACCUCCAAGAAGUGGUCGCACCACGCAGGCUGUGGCGCGUCCUCGUCGUCCUCCUCCUGACGUCCUCGCCGUCCUCGCCGGCCUCCGAGCCGCCCUCGGCGGCGGACAGGGAGGGCCUCCUGUCCGGGAUCUCGACGUUGUCUUCGGGGCGCGGGGGCGGCAGCUCGAGCUCCCGCAGGCGCGCCAACGGGUCCUGGCGGAUCGCCGGGGCCCGCGCUCGCGCCGCGGCGGCGGGCGGCGCGC